AUGGGCGGGCUUGACAGCAGUCAUCAUGAUCAUUUGGUUACCAACUUUCGAGCUUAUGUUCCGCGACUCUACUUACUACUCGGAUCACACAAAGGUCACCCUUUAUUACCUGUCAGUCAUGCUAUAGAACGACAAACCUCGAUGUUGGCCAACAAUACCUUGCAGAGGCUACAUCGCUGCGGUUUGGGCGUCCAGGAUUUCCAUCCUUUUCACAGUGAUACGCAUAUCUGUCGGAACCUUCAACUUGUUUGGACGUGCCAGGCAAGGAAUAAAUGGAGUUUGGAUCAUUCAAUGUGUGUCUUACCAACAAGGAUUGCAAUCAUACAAUUGACAACGGAUGUUGUGGGUGAUGCCAUUCGCUUGGUAUGGAGGACGACGCUGUCCAAACCCCAAAAAAUUCGGAUCAUAACCAUCCUUUCUACAACAAUCAUCAUGACUGCUGUAAGCCUUAAUCACGCGUUUACGGUGAUGCUGAACGGUGGUGGGUUAACCGAGGCACUGGCAUCGCUUUUGCAGUCUUCCAUCAGCGCCAUUGUCUGCAAUUUUAAUGCUAUCAUCACGUUUAUCUUUCAUAUUGCGACGGAGGACCCGAACCUCUCGCCUCCUUCGAAACCAAUGAGCUCUCUACGAUUCGGAUUCAAAUCCAAGACGACUGGAGGAGGGGUGCGCAUCGAACUGAGGCAAUUACCUUGGAGGGUUUAA